GCCCCCGCUUUGAAAGGCUUUUCGCAUGCGCAAAGUGGACUCAAGCAUCGUCAGAAAACACCGAAAAUGCGGCGGUACACAGACGCCACGCCGUGUCCGGCGCCGAACCUAUCCUUCAGUAGUAAUCGAUAUCACCAGUAUGGCCGCCAGUCCUCCAUCUACGCGCCGAGUUACAUGACAGAUGAUACUACCACUACGAAUUUGGAGUACACGACUGAGAUGCAGGUCAAUCUGAGGAAUGCAAAGCCGAGGCGACCGAUGCGCAAAACCCGUCAGGAGGUAUUCAACCCGACCAUGGAUAUAUUCGAGGAUGUGGCGCAGGAGGAGGAGGAGCAACAACAGCAGCAGCAACACGCAGUCGAGAUCAAGCGGAAGAGUAGGGCAUCUAUACUACCCCAGGAUGCAGAGAAGAAGAGGAGUACGAUAUUAGCACAUCCGGCGCAGAAGUUGCUAAUACCGGCUCCAGCAGUUCAGGAGCCUCAGCUCUUAAAGCCGAAUCGUAGGAGGGUGUCGCAGAUGCUGCUAGAUAGGCAAGUCGCUGACGUGAAUGCCACUGUACUGUUGCAGGAGGACGUACUCGAGAAGAGGGAGUUGAAGAAGCAGGGUCCGAAGAAGGAUCCGCGGAGAAGGACUAUAUACGUCCCGUCCGAUGAUACCACCGUCAUAACCAUCCACGCCGGGCAGCCAACGCAGAAGCCAAGGAACCCGAGGGUAAAGUCGCCGAAUAUGGGAUUAGACCUUGUUACGUUGUCUGAGGAGGAAGAAAAUCUGGUUCCGGCUUUGAAAAAAGAGAAAAAGUGCUCGCGGAAGUCUCUAGCUAUGCCACCGAAGCGCGUUCCUUUGCAACAGAACGCUCGCUCACUCCAGGGUGUAUCAUUCGCUGAAGAUGUAUUUGGAAAAGGCGGAGGGAAAGAGAAUAUACCACCCGGAUCGGACAUAGCAGAUUCCCUGCACCACGAGGAUAAGUCGAAGAAGCCUGUCACGAAGCCCGCUAAAGUUCAUUUUAACACUUCCAAGUCAUCCGAAGUCAUAUCGCACAUAAAGGCACAACCAGAACGCACUCAGAAGCGAUUGCGUUCCCAACUGAGCUAUGACGGGUCGCCAGCCAAGUCAAUCAAGGCGAAGGCAGAGGGCACAGCAUCAACUACAGCAAGGAAAUCAACCGUAAAAGCGACCAUAAAGAGUCGCCUCUCAAAGAUUAAUCAAGCCCCGCCCUCAUCUUCUCCAUUCCACACUGAUAGAUCUCCACCAACCGCACUUCGUCGCCAUAGAUCAGCUCGUGCCCCGACCAAGAUCACCAUGCUGCAUGUCGUUGGAAAGCCGCCAGCAUGCCGUGAAAAGUAUCCAGUUUUGUCCGAAGAUUUGGCCCAGCCAGAGCUCUAUGAGGAUCACUGGCUCACCUACCAGGAAGUUGCCAUCACUCAACUAUUGAACACCUUAUUCAAUUCAGCAGAAAAAGAGCCAGAUAAAGAGCAGAUGUCUGAGGAUUUGAGGAGGAAGAUGUUAUUACUCUACCACGACCCCUCCAUCCCAUUGCUUCAUAAGCGAUUGCAAGCCUCGUUGCUCUACGGUGCCCUCAGCAUUCCAAAGGACCUUCUCUCACAGACUCUCCGACUUAAAGAUGACGUGGGACUACGAAAGAAGUUCCUGAAUCUCUGGGUCAGGUCAUACGAUCUCACCGCCCUCCGUGCAGCUGCAGAGACCAUUAUCGGGCGUCAGAUUCCUUUCUCCUCUAGACUUUCUAGCGGCUCCACAAGCUCAGAUGACGGUUCGCGGCAAUAUCGAACUGAGAGGAGAGCAAUCGAGGCAUAUCUAGACGCAUUCUUGAUCCGCAACGAAGACGCUAUUCGAGUCAAGAAUGGGGUUGGAAGCAUCGCUAGCAUCGCGCGUGGUGACCACAUCAACGGUGAUGACUUUGGCUCGCAAGGCUGGGCAUGGAGACGAACCGUUCUGCGAAGUUUGAUGCUUAUUCUCCUCCUUGACCAAGCGAAGAGGGCAAAUAUCCUUCCAGGUUGCCUCUUCCAGACUUCAUCACCCCACAAGACAUCAAUAGAAGUCCUUCACUUCCUAUCGAGCAUGGUCCUCCCCUCUCUAGGCGACAUCACACGACCUCUUAACCAUCUCAAUUACAAAGUCUCGCACAUCCAGUAUCCGCUUCAAGAAUAUACGUACCACAUCUCCAACAUCGCCAUCGACCUCCGUGAUGGCAUCAUCCUAACCCGCCUAGUCGAACUCCUGCUCUACCCACCGUCCACGCUAGUUGCACAGUGCGAAGAAACCAUCACCAUCACCAUGCCGACCGGCGACGUCCUAACUAGCACCUUCGACUUCGCGCAUAAAGAGUCUUGGGUGCUAUCUCAGCACCUGAAAUUCCCGUCCCUGGGUCGAGCGCAGAAACUGUACAACGUGCAGAUAGCGCUGUCAGCCCUGACCGGCGUCCGCGGAAUUCCAGUCCAAGCUGUUGGGGGGGUGAAAGCUGAAGAUAUUGUUGAUGGACACCGCGAGAAGACUCUUAGUCUACUCUGGGCGCUCGUUGGGAAAUGCGGUCUUAGUACGCUAGUAGACUGGCCCCAGAUUGUUAAGGAAAUUGUCCGUUUUAAGGAUGCGUGGUAUAGCAGGCGCGACAACUACGCUCAACGAGACCUUGACUCCGACUCCGACUCCUCGACAUCCAGCCUCGAAGGCGCAGGACUAGAAUACCACACACGACUUCUGCUCUCCUGGUCACGCAGCAUCGCCCGCCUGCACGGUCUCCGCGUUGCAAAUCUCACAACCUCGUUCUCUAAUCCGCGCGUUCUCGAAGCGAUCGUAGACACGUAUCUCCCCGCGACUCUCCUUCCGUCUCCCUCCACCUCUACCUCCACCUCUUUUUCAACAACCCCACAUCUCUCCCUCGCCGCAAAGCUCAAAGCAACAGGCUGUUCCUCUUCCUUCAUCACGCUCUUCACCCCACAGUCCGCCUCCUCAACAACCACAACUACAAUCCCAGCAAAAGAUUUUACCCUCCUAACCCUCACCUUCCUAGCUUCCCGCCUGCUCCCCCUCUCCCUCUCACACCGCGCCGCAACAACCAUCCAACGCUUCUACCGUCUCCGACUCUCCCGCGCACGCAUCCGCAAACGCCUUGUUCUCCUAAAAAUCGCAGCGGAGUGCGCAGACGUGGCACAGAAGCGAGAGAGGUUACUCAAUGCGGCGGUUGUGAUACAGAAGCGCUGGAAGCAGAUUCUAGAAGCUAGGAGGGGACGGUUGGUGAGGGAUGUGGAGAGAUUUCAGGCUUUGGCGAGGGGCUGGGCGAUCAGAAGGUGGGUGAGGAGGGUUACGGGCGGGAGGGUUGGAGGGAAGGAGAAGAUUAGGAGGGUUAGAGGGGGUUGGUGA